AUGCCUUUGAUUCCAUUGCCCUCGACGCAAAGUUUCAAGGUCGAGACUGUGGGAGAUUGCUACAUGGCGUCGCGGAUUGCCCAGCCUUGCAAGGAUCACUACAUUGUCAUGUGCAAGUUUGGAAGAGAUAUUCUCAAACGAAUGAGACCCAUCUGUAAACGAUUGACGCGGAGUCUGGGACCCGAUACGUGUGAAUUGCGAAUCCGGGUGGGAAUUCAUUCGGACCCGUCACGGGAGGAGUCCUCCGAGGAGAAAAAAGUCGCUUCCAGCGGAUGCAGCAGUGGCGACGAAUCCGACGACUUGUAUGUUGCCCGCCACAACCCCGCCAGAGGCGACUUGGUACCACGUCCAUUUUCAUCUUCCAUUGGCACCCCCUCCUCCUUCAACAUGAUGGACGCAUCUUCCCGCGUCUUCUCCACCUCCAUUACCAACGCCAAGUUUGAACGCCUCGUAGCGUGGAACGUGGAAGUCCUGCAUCGUCUUCUCAAACAAAUCGUCGCGCGUCGUCAGUGUCUUGUCAAUGUCAAUCCUACUCGCAAGGCAGAUGCUGAUGAAAGCAUCUACACAAGAAAUCGACAAGGGACCCUGCUGGAUGAAGUCAAGGAAUCCAUCGAACUACCCACCUUCAACUAUUCCCGCGUCGCCGCCGAACAAGCACAACACAUCGAGUUGGACUCGGACGUAUACCUGCAGUUGCAAGACUAUGUACGAUCGGUCGCAGAACUUAUCCGAUCACGCGUUCCAAACUUUGAACACGCUUCUCAUGUUACAAUGUCGGUGAGCAAGCUGCUCAGUAGGAUCACGGACACAUCUAUGAAGAAGAGGGUCGUUGCAUGCAUGACCAUACGUAUGGCAUCACGAGCGAUCCGCUUACUCAAUUCUCCUGCGUGCUUUCAGCACUCAUACACGAUGCCGCAUCCCGGAGUACCAAAUGCCACUCUCGUAAAGGAACAGACACCAGAAGCAAAGAUGUACAAGGACAGGAGUGUAGCAGAGUCGAACUCGGUGGACAGAUGUUGGCGUCUGCUAAUGGAGCCCAAGUAUGGUGCCUUGCGCAAGACCAUCUACACAACCAAUAAUGGCCUUCGUCGGUUCCGAAGUCUCGUUGUCAACUCUGUAAUGGCAACUGACAUUGGUGAUAAAGAUCUGAAGGUCUUGCGUAAUGGCAGAUGGGAGAAGGCUUUCAACACUGAAGGCACUGCCGACAGUCCGGACGAGUCCGAAAAGGCAGCCAAGGAUCGCAAGGCAACCAUAGUGAUCGAGCAUCUCAUUCAGGCCUCUGAUGUGGCUCACACAAUGCAACACUGGCACAUCUACAGAAAAUGGAACGAACGUCUCUUUCAAGAAUGCUACAGGGCUUACAAGGACGGUCGCGCCGAACGA